GGCAAUUCUCGCGCACAACUUGGCUGUUCUUUGAAUGGUUUUGAAGGAGACAAGUGCGUCCUAAAUUCUGGGUGAAGACUGCGAAGUUAAGAGUGAUUAGCAGAAAGCUGUUGACAUGGGUAUUAGUCCUUUUGAUCACACGGACCCUGUUUUGGCAUCUAAGAGGAAAUAUGGUAACGUUAAUCAUCCGCACAAGAAUUGCAAAGCUGAUUCUUUGAAGGAAAACUCAAAAAGGUUUGCAUUUUUUGAGGCUGAUGUAGAUGAAGAUUAUAGGCAAUUUUUAACAAAUUAUGACUGCAAUGAUAACAGCAUGAAUGAUGAUGCUCUGGACAAUGAUCCACAUUAUGAGAUUUUUUUGAGUAGUCUAAUAGUAAAUGGAAACUCAUUUGUGCUUCAAGUUAACGAAAAGAAUGGAUUAUCUGAGCCUCUAAAGUACGAUGCAGAAGACAGCUGUGAUGAUGAGAGCCUAGGUAACUCCGGGGACAUGAAGGCAGCAAUAGGGGGCAAUGUUGGAGAUGAUACAUCUGAUUCUUCAGGUGGUUCUGAGUUAGAUUCUCCACUAGUGUUCAGUGAUCUUGCUAAAAAACAGAGGCAGUUUGUGGUUGAGGAUGAUAUUAGGUCCAAACCCACUGAUUCUAAUCCUUCAGGGAAUCAGGCAUACUUGGUUGAAGAUCUUGGCAGUGGAGGCUUCUGUGCAUCUGGUGGAAAGUAUAAGACUGAUAUGCAAAGUAAGGAGUGCAGCAAGUCUCAAAUCUUGAGAAAGUCAAUGAAGGUCAAGAAAAAAAAUAAUGAUGAAUGUGAAGAUGAUUAUCAGAGAUACAUCAAUUGUUUAAGAUUUGAUGGUGAAAAUUUUGUUCUGAAAUACAAAAAUGCAUCCCCUAUAGUAUAUGAGAGUGAUGAGUAUCCACCAGAUGCCCAGACAAAUAAUUGUACAUAUAACAUGGAAGAAAGCACAAAGCUCCCUGCAACUGCUGGAGGAUCUCAUGCUAGUGUCAUGGGAGAUGAUAACUGCCAUUAUAUUGGCACUUCAAGCAGUCAUUCCCCGUUCAGGGAACAAGUGAUGAGGAUUUUAAGAAAGCCAUACGACUUAAAGGAACACCAAAUGCUUGGGCAGCUUAUCCUUGCUCGAAAGCCAAUAGCCCGUAACAUGGACUUGCGCAAUGGGAGGGAUAUGACCUAUUCAAUAAAUAAAGAUGGAAAAUCAUAUCUUGAUCAUCACGAUGAUCUUCGUAGAAAGCUUCAAGCAGCCAAAACACCCCAUGAAGACUUGAACUUGUUACGCGGGUUUUUCUUUUGGUUACAGAAUCUGACUCAGGACGGAGCCUUCGAACCAUGGCUAGACGCGUCAUGUCUUGCCCAGUGUAGAUCUUAAGGAGCCUUCAAACCAUGGCUACAAGCCUGCUGGAUGUUCUGGCACUUGGAUUGUUGCAUAUUUUAGAAAUAUGAACUAGCAUAAUGUAAGGGGCAUUGGGUGACCUUUUUGUGGGGCAAAAUCUUAAGCACCCUAUGAUUUUUGAAUUGAUAGCUGCUUGUACUUCAGGCUCUUAAUUGUUGCUUCCUCUAAGCCCAAUUGCAUGGAUAGUUAAAGGUUAAAUUUCACUUUGCACCCUUCAAUUAUACUCGAAUUUUCACCUUGAUCCUUAAA